AUGACGGGAGCAUGCAUUGCGUACGAGUUUCUCUCUAGGAUCAAGACGAGUAAGAAUCUUGUUCGCAGGGCAUCUAUCAGGUCAAGUGUCGCUGUAGUCAAACUAAAAUCACCUCUACAGGUCCAUCAAAGUCCCAUCGCGGGUAUUAAGAGACUUUUGGCACACAGACCUCUUCGUGUAGGACAAGUCGCGCCAAGCACGAUUCUCGAAAUAGUAAUACGCACAGAACACCUCCACCUAAACCAACAGCACAGAGGAAAGACAAACCACAGCACAUCACAGCCUCCGAAUAUGAGUGAGAAACUUACACGCACCACCAAACCAAUCUCACACGACCCCCUGACGAGAACGGUCAGGGGCUUCAAACAUCCCGACUGCACAUGCCACAUGUGGCGCUCACACUUCCCUAUCCGCGACAAGGGUGACCAGGCCAGAGGUUGGAGCACAGGCAAAGGCGUCCAGACAAAAAGUCGAAUAAGUCUGUCAAUUUGCUACAUUUGCAAGGCGCAGUCACUAUUUUGGAACGUCAUGACCAGAUGGCAGUGUUGGGUUGAUGCGAACUGUCGGAGAAGGGGCUUGGAUGCCUUGGCAUGCAAGCACUCAGUUGCUUCCCAAAGGGGAACAAACGAUGUUGUUGAAUGGAGGAUCAAGCUUCGGGCUCUGCGGGAGCAAAAGCACCUCAAAUUAUCCGGAGUCCAAGCUUGA